AUGAGGCCAGACGUGUCGGACACCAGUCGGAAGAAGCCAGUUAAGCCACCUGAAGAACGUGCAUCACAACAUGCUGCUCCCUCCGCGCACGUGACGCGUCCUCAAACGCCCGAACUCUUAUCCGCCCUCGACAGCCGAAGCAGGAGUCCCUCGAAGAAGCGAGCCACCUCCACCUCCAGUCUGAAGAAGCGAGAGAGGCCAAACAAGUCCGCACCAGCGCCUGUUUCUCCUCCUGGGCCUACCGCGCUCACGCCCCCUUUCGGACAAUCAGACGACGGUAACGCCGCGGUUCUCGGCGUGUAUCCAACUUCAGCGGACGAGAACCCCAUGAGUCCGUCGACUGCGAGUGAAACUCUGGGUGAAAUGUCACGGACGCGCGACCAAGUUUCGCUGGCGCUCGCCCCCGUCAUGUUGCCUGCGCCUUUUGUUCUCCGAAGUCCCGCCGACAGCUCACCUCAAAGCGACUUUUCACCGGACGCCGCUCAGAGACCGCCAUCGCCCGCGUCGCCAGGGCUGGCCGAAGGCCGCGCACCUUUGACGUCGUCGCACAAGGUGUCACCGACGUCGCCAGUGCCGGUGCUGCCGCAGCAUGUCGUGGAUCCGCGCGGGCCGUACGCCUCGUCGACUACCCCAACCAAGGACCCUUCGUCGUUUUCCAUGAUACCGCCUAGUCAUAAUCAGCCUGCUGUUGCUCCCAUGUCGACAGGGUUAGAAGAGAGCAGCACCACGGCUAUUUAUCCAGCGCAACCUUUUCUCGGCGAGAUAGCGUCACUUAUGUUCGCAGCAAAGUUGAAUCGCCUGCAGCUAGUGUGA